AUGGCGCAGCCUCCGAACGGUCAGCGAACACAGGUCCAGCCAUGUCGUUAUAAGACGGGCAAGACCCUCGGAGCAGGCUCUUACUCGGUUGUUAAGGAAUGCGUGCACAUCGACACCGGUCGUUACUAUGCCGCGAAAGUCAUCAACAAGCGCCUGAUGGCGGGGCGCGAGCACAUGGUCCGCAAUGAGAUUGCUGUUCUAAAAAGGGUUUCGAUGGGUCAUCAGAAUAUCCUCACAUUGGUGGACUAUUUUGAGACGAUGAACAACCUUUAUUUGGUCACGGAUCUCGCCCUUGGUGGAGAACUAUUUGAUCGUAUCUGCCGCAAAGGUAGCUACUACGAGUCUGACGCAGCAGACCUCAUUCGAGCCGUCCUGUCAGCCGUGGCUUACCUGCAUGACCAUGGCAUUGUGCACCGUGAUCUCAAGCCAGAGAACUUGCUUUUCCGUACUCCGGAAGAUAACGCCGAUCUUUUGAUUGCCGAUUUUGGACUCUCGAGGAUUAUGGACGAGGAGCAGUUCCACGUGUUGACGACCACCUGUGGAACACCGGGAUACAUGGCGCCGGAGAUCUUCAAAAAGAGCGGCCAUGGAAAGCCAGUUGAUAUCUGGGCCAUCGGUGUGAUAACAUACUUUCUCCUGUGCGGAUACACUCCCUUUGAUCGUGACUCCAAUUUGGAAGAGAUGCAGGCCAUCCUUGCAGCUGACUAUUCCUUUACACCCCUCGAAUACUGGCGUGGUGUCUCCGCGGAAGCUCGCAACUUCAUCAACCGCUGCUUGACAAUCGACCCGUCCAAGCGUAUGACCGCUCACGAAGCACUACAGCACUCCUGGAUUGACCCGCCCUACGACACCACGAGACAGGGCUCUGGCGAGGACCUUCUACCCACUGUCAAGAAGAACUUUAAUGCCCGCCGCACACUGCACCGGGCGAUCGAUACUGUACGUGCCAUCAACAAGCUGCGCGAGGGCGGUGGCUUUAUGAUGGAUGGCGUGAUGAGCAUCGAUCCCAGGCCUGAGCGUGUCAACGGCAAUGAAGUUGUUGAAGAGCAGCGCCAGGAGAAAGCCACUACCAAUGAUGGCGGUGGCCCAAUGCAGAUUGACAGCCGCGGGAAUGCUCGCGGUCAAACAGAAGAGCAAAUCCGCGAACAGGAGCGCCGGGUCAAAGAGAUGGUGGCUGGAUUGUGGAGUUGGGGUCAUGGGAAAUGA